ACAUCACCACCGACAACCGACACGCCCAUACCACCACCACAUUAGCGCCAACUCGACCUAACCCGUCUCCGGAUCCUCGGUCUUCCACCCCGUACAGUCGACUCCCCAAACGCGCAUCACCUGCAGUCAUGGCAGACGAAAAACACCAGGAUGAGAAGCUCGAGGCUCAGAUCAAGUCCGUGGACAUGAAUGAGGACAUGCAGCAAGAAGCCAUUGAAGUUUCGCAGGAGGCCAUGAACAAAUACAGCAUCGAGAAGGAAAUUGCUCAGCACAUCAAGCGCACUUUCGACGAACGGAAGGGCGCAACAUGGCAUUGCAUUGUCGGCCGGAACUUUGGCUCCUUUGUUACUCACGAAACGAAGCACUUCAUCUACUUCUACCUCGGACAUUGCGCUAUCCUGCUGUUCAAGACUCAGUAGACCAGCGAGAUACAUCAAUCAAGCUGGCCUCUUCAUCCUGAACGUGUUCCGAGCAGAUGAGAUCCCAUAUCGUAAAUUCAUUGGCGUCGCUGAAAUUUGUACAUUCCGGUUGACAAUUCAUAAAUAUAUUUCGUGCCUCU